AUGCCAAUAGGUUUGCGACUGUUUGCCGAAACAGACGCCAGACGCUAACAGACGGUGCUCGCGAGCGGUUGUAACUAACGGUAGAGCUAUAGUACAUCUAUUGCGCGCGUAACGGGAAAAUUACGGAGCAGUAAAAGCGCAACAGCGCCUCCGAAAUAGCGUUAAUGAAAAGUAGUAAACACAGUGCUAAAUGAAAGAGAAUGAGACCCAGUCGACAGGACCCAAGAAGACGAUGUUGAUUGAGUGCAUUUCGCGUGACAUUCCCUGAGAGUUUUCUUCAGAAAGCGAAGAGCACCAGAAGCAAAGCUCAAGUAGAGCUCUCGGCUAUAAAGAGCUAUACAUAUAUUAUUUUAGUAGUAUAUAAAAAAAAAGAAUCCACCCAUCCAACGAUCGGUUGAGAGGCGUGGCAAAUGAACUUCAAUCCGGCCAGCGUGGUAGCCGCCGCAGCAGCAGCCGCACAUCAGACGUUCCAGCACCAUCAUCAUCAUAAUCACCAUCCGCAUUUGAACCACCACCAAACCACUAUCAUCCACCACCAACAACAACAUCAACAUCAACAACAGCUGAUCCCACUGCCCGUCGGCGGGGGAGGAGGUCAACCAGUGGGUGAUAUAUCACCCAAAAUCAUGGAGUGGACCAAUGACGAUGCUCUGGAACUAAUAGAGCAGUAUCGCUGCCAUACGGAACUUUGGAAUCGUGCCGAUCCCAAGUACAAGGAUAAACUCUGUCGCUUUCGAGCGUGGUCGGAAAUAGCCGAGCGUUUCGGUUGCAGCAAGGCGGAGGUGGAGCGUAAAAUGAACGUACUCCUAACCCAAUAUCGACGGGAAAAGCACAAGAUGUUUGUGAAGAUAUACCAGGGCAUACAGCCCAAUCCGUCCAAAUGGUAUGCCUUCAAACGCUUCGAUUUCAUGGAGGCGGGCGGUGGCAGUUUGAGUGGUGGUGGUGGUGGUGUUGGAGGUCCUGGAGGACCAGGUUUGAAUGCCUCGAGCGGUAAUCUUGUGCCGAAUCCCGUCUCCUCAUCCGCCGCCGCUGCCGCCCACAAUGGGCUGAACGGACUGGCGGCUGCGGCGGCGGCGGCGGCCUAUGAGAGCGGUACGAUCGCAGCGGCCGGAAAUGGAGGAGCACCAGUCAGUGGACCAGGUGGCGGAGGAGCACCUGGUUCGCAGCCCGCCAUGCAGCACAGACGCAUCAAGACCAAAGAGCUGAAAUAUUUCGGAGCGAUGGGCCUGAAUAUACCCAUGCUGAUAGCGAGCAGUCAGACGCUGGACAGUUGGAAUACGGCGGGUCAGUACUCGCCGCCGAUAUCGGGCUCCGGAGGCGGGGGCUCGGAGCGCGGAGGAAGUGGUGGUGGUGGAGUGCCCCCCCAGCAAUUGCGAGUGCCCCUGCCCAUGAGCUACCAUGGUGGCACUGGCGGCGGUGGCAGCAGCAGUAGUGAUUUCCAGCAGAGCCCGCUGAAAACGAUGGAUACCUCGGAUAAUGAGGACAACAAUAAUACCAAGGAGGAUGUGGCAGCGGCGGCGGCAUUGGGACAACUGGCUGCCAAGGUGGAGCUACGAUCGCCGGUGGGCGGUGGAGGAGGAGGAGGAGGUCCUAAUCCAGGUGGUGGUGGCUCCAGUAGCAGGGAUGCCAACGAUCCAGCCAGCGAUCCCAUUAAAUCCGAUCGGACUUUAAGCGAGGCAGGCAGCAGUCCAGGCAUACCCAAUACCAACAUGCACGAGGCGCACAAGAAUCACCUGCUGAACAGUCCAGCGGGCGGAGGAGGAAGGGCAGUGACCCCCAGGCAGGCGCACGAGCAAAUGCACCACCACAGUCAUCCGCAUACGCAGCACCACCUGCAGCAGCAGCAACUGCAACAGCAGCAACAGCAACUGCAGCAGCAACAGCAACAGCAGCAACACCUGCAACAGCAACAGCUGCAUCAUGGCCACGAGGAUUUGGACAUCAAGCAGGAGCUGGUGGACUAUUUCCAUGGCCAGGCGGCGGCUGCUGCUGGGGUUGGUGGUGGCCCAGCACCACCGCCACCACCCGAAUCGCAUCGUUCCUAUAGUUCGGCGGGCGAGGAGAGUCGCCUCCAGUUGGUGGACAUGGCCCAGGAUCUGCGGGUGGCCCAGGCGAAGGCCAAUUUCAGUGCCUUUGUCCUGCCGCCCAGAGGCAGCAGCGAUGCAACCGGCAGCACACCCGUUGCCAUGCCCUUGAAUAUGCGUAAACUAACCGGUAGUACUGGCAGUGCGGGUCAUAUGCUAAUGAAUUCACUGCUGGGCUCCAGGGAGAGCAUGUCAGAUGGCGAGGAACCGGAUCCGGAUAACGAUGAGGCCACCGAAUCGGCCACCAGUCCUGGGCGGCACAUCAAGAGCAGCGUUUCCGCCCAGGCAGCCGUUGCUGCAUCCGCCUUCUAUGCCGAGUCCCUCAAUCGAGACGAUUGCGAUUUCAUUGGCUCGAAUGUAUCGCUCAAGCUGCGCACCAUGGAUCGCACACAGCGGAUCAUUGCCGAGAAGCUGAUCAGCGAGGUCCUGUACUAUGGGCAAUUCAACGAGCUGGAACGCUCGGCCAGGAUACAGCCAAAGUGACAGUGGCGCCCCAAGAAGUGGACGGCUGCGGUGGGGAAUGGCAGUGGUGGAGGUGGUGGUGCCGCCCCUGCCGUGGGUCUGGGCAUCGGAGUGGGUCUGACCAGGAUACGACUGGGCAGAAGCCUCCUGGCCCCGCAGCAUGGCAAGUGAAUUCCAUCUGAAAUAGAUAGAUAGAUAGUCAACACAGAGAGAAAAGCAGUAAAUAGAAACAGAAACCAAUACAGAAAACAGUACAACUUAUUUUUAGUUUGGCCAGGAUCGGGGUCACCACUUGUACAAAGCUUGGCAGAGAAAGGGGCAGCGUUACUUAGGCGGAGAGAAAGUGGAGAGGGAGAAGAAAGCAUACCAGAGCUUGGAGAAAGGUACUUACAUAUAUGAAAAAGGGAGAGAUGGGGAUGUUUUUUAUAAACUAAAAGGUGUGUUAAAAAUUGUAAAAUCAAAACUCUUUUAAAUAUGUGAGAAUCCUUUGUUCUAAAGGUAGGGUUUGAUCUUUUCUAUAAAGAAAACUCAAGAAAAUCCCCACAAUGUGAAAUUUUUAGUAUAUUUUUAUAAGGAAAGAAGAAACCAACAAAUCAAAAUACAUCUUAGUUUUUAAUUUCUAUUGUUAAAAUCAUAACAAUCUUGUUCAAUCACCAUCUCUCCCUGGGUGAAAAUACGCAAAGCAACAUAGAACACAAACCAAAGUUACUUUCUAUUCUGUUCGAAGGGCUGCAUAAACAAUAGUUUAGCUUUUGUGUCCACAACUUCAAUAUUAAACUACAUAAAAUACAUAGAUACUAGAUAGGUUAGAAUGGGUCUGGGGAACGGGGUCUUCGACACACCUGAGACAUCUAACUAGCAGAAUCUCAGUAUUACUUAUAAAAUACACUCUACAUAGACCAUAGAUAACCGCAAGCAAAUAACAAAAUAGAAGGAUAGGAAUGAAAGCAUUUGCCAUAGAUCGAUUCCUUGGGGCCGAUCGUCCACUUCUGGGUGUUAUCUGGUUGCCGAAUGUUCCAGCCCGACUUUAAACCUCGCUGUAGAACAGAAAUACCUAACAUACAUUGAAGAGUAAGCAAAAAAACUAUUGUAAAGACAAAGGAAAAGCGGCUGCUAAAAAGUCAAGCUCCCAAUUUGGGCACCACUGUAACUCAAGUUCCCAAAAAAAAAAAUCCAACCGUUUGAGAAGGGGUCUUGUAAGAACUAUAUGUUUUCUAUAUACCUGUAAAUGGAUAACAAAAUAUAUAAUAUAUCAUUGUACCUUAUUUUGAAACAGAGAUGUUUUCUUAGUCACUUAAGUCUGGUCGUCGAGGAGUCACCAAUCCAAAACCCAACAACUGAAACCAACCAACCAACAAACAAACAAAAAGCAACCGCAAAAGCAAACUUUUACCUAUAUUAUACAAAUACUGUCGUCACUAGUUCGUUAAAGAAACAACAAAAACAAACGCAAAAAACAAUGGAAAAAGAAAAAGCAAAACAAUAUUGUACAUUUUCGUGUUUAUUUUUUUAGGUCCUAUUGAUUUUUGCAUAAUAUCUAAGUAGUUUUUAUUUUUAUAUGCAAAGCAAAGCAGAGCAAAAAAACAGAAACAUUGAAUUAAUUUAUAUGAAUAUAUAUAUAUAUAUAGAUAUAUAAAUGUGUACGUAUACCUAAUAAAAUAUGGGCAAAUUAGUUAGUCACAUAAACGAGAGAAAGAGAUAGAUGGUUCGUUGAGGAUGAUGAUGAAAUGCAGCUCGGCUUUUGCUGCUGCGUUUUUAGCCGUAGUUUUUACCCUAGCAUAGAAGAAAAAAUAAAUCAAAAACCAACAAAAGUCCAAACUGAAAUGAAAAGUCAUGUGUAAAAAAUGGUAAAUUAGAUGUGAAUAAAUUAAUUGUGUGUGAAAUUAGCGAGAAUUUGUUUGGCAUCGAUGUGCAAGCGUGUGUUAGUGUGAUUGCGUAUGGGAAGUAAACCAAAAUUAGUUUUUCCUGAAUGUGUAAACAGCAGCUAAAAAACAUAAAUAAAUGUGUGUACCUAUUUGUCUGACAAGCAUUGUAAA